ACCCCUCCCUACCCACAUUUUCAAGUACCGCUGCGAGGGCCAGGGACUCACACUUCUGCCAUUUUGCUUCAUUUUCUCGUCUUCCCCUUUUCAUCCUCUCUCCCUCUCCUACCCCUCUCCCCAGCCCUCUCUCUCUCUCUCUCUCGUCCUAUCUUUCUCCAGUCAAAGGUCCUUCCUUUCAUUUGCUAAUUGGGUUGUUGUGAAGUCGUUCAUGGUAUUUUUCAUUGGAAAAUAAAUAUGUUUCUUGUUCGACUUCUUCUUGCUUCGACCGUCAUGAUGGUUUGCUUUGCGACGUUUGCUUCCGGAGCCUUUAAACUGCCCGUUGAUGAAGAAGUGCAAGCUUUAAGUGUCAUAUUUAAUACGUUGGGGAAGAAGGACUGGAACUUCUCUGAUCCAUGUACACAACCGACGGCCGUAACAGCUGUGAUGGCUGCUGUUACCUGCAGCAACUGCGUCGUCAAUGGCAACGAGUCAUACCGCGUUGUGGGCAUCGGCUUGAUCAAUCCAAAGAGCUUGAUCCGCACAAGCAGAUUUCUCAAACGGCAGAAUCUAUCAGGCACUCUUCCUCCAGAUUUGGUGAAGUUACCUUGCCUGAAAGAUUUUGAUCUUAGUGGCAACUACCUUAACGGUUCAAUCUCUUUGGCAUGGGGCUCCAUGCAGCAGCUGGUCAACAUUUCCCUUUUAGGAAACCGAUUAACAGGUCCUAUCCCUAGAGAUCUUGCAGACAUCAAAACUCUCAAAAGCUUGACGGUUGAGUUCAAUCAGCUUUCUGGAAAUCUUCCUCCAGAGCUUGGGAAUAUGUCCUCCAUAGAAAGACUUUUACUCAGCUCGAAUUAUUUUACCGGGGAGCUACCUCCUUCAUUUGCAAACUUGACCUCAUUGAAAUAUUUUCGGAUCAACGACAAUCUUUUUUCUGGACAGAUUCCCAGUUAUAUUCAAAAUUGGAAAAAUCUUAAUGCACUAUCCAUUCAGGCAAGUGGUUUGAAGGGACCAAUUCCUUCCCUUGAUCUUUUGAAAAGCUUAUCUGACUUGAGAAUUAGUGACUUGAAUGGAUCUGACGUAACUUUUCCGUUGAAAAACAUUAACGUAUCACAAUGGAUCGUACUGAUACUGAGGAAUUGCAAUCUCACUGGACCGCUACCCGAUCAAAUAUUACCUGGGAGAACGGAUUUUCAAAUCUUAGAUCUCAGCUUCAACGGACUAAGUGGAGAAAUUCCAAGCAACUUUACAGAACUACAAACUGUAAACAUAUACUUAGCCGGCAACUUGUUAACUGGACCAAUACCUGCUUGGAUGCUGAAAUCUAGAAAAGCCAUUGAUCUUUCAUUUAACAACUUUACAAUUGACAAAUCGGAAUUAUCAUCAUCAAGUACUUGUCAAAAUCGGAUCAAUUUAUUCAAGAGCUCUUUAAUGGGCAAUGAAACCAUUGUUUCAUGUUCGGGGAGCUUACCGGAUUGUCCACAAAAUCGCCAGUACAAGCUUCAUAUAAAUUGUGGCGGAGGAAAAGUAACCAUUAAUGAAACUACUGUAUUUGAUGCUGAUAAAGAUCCAGGGGGACCUUCAAAUUUCUUCCUCGCGCAAGAGUACUGGUCGUCUAGUAGCACUGGUCAACUCAUAGACGAUGCCCACCUCAACAAAGAUUUCAUUUUGUCAAAUUUAUCCAAACUCUCUAUGAACACGCCCGAUGCCGAACUGUACAUGACAGCGCGCUUUUCUCCUCUCUCUCUUACUUAUUAUGCCUUUUGUUUGGUAAAUGGGAAUUACAGAGUAAGGCUCCACUUUGCGGAGAUAGUGUUCACUGAUGAUAAAACGUAUAGCAGUUUGGGAAGACGUAUAUUUGAUGUUUACAUUCAGGGAGAGCGAGUGCUGAAGGAUUUCGAUAUUGUAAAAGCGGCAGGUGGGGUUCGUAAACCAAAUAUACAAAGUUUUAAUGCUGUCGUCGUGACUAAUGGUACCCUAGAGAUCCGUUUCUACUGGGCUGGGAAGGGGACAACUGAUAUCCCAUCCAAAGGAGACUAUGGUCCUCUUAUUUCAGCCAUUUCUGUGGAUUCUGACGAUGAAGCUUCAGGUAUGUCUAUAGGAGCAGUGGUUGGAAUUCUUGUUGCUGGAGCUUUUGUUAUAAUAUUAUUUGUUGUGGCUAUCCUCUGGUGGAAAGGCUGUCUAGGACACAGAUCAAGUGCUACAGAUCAUGAUUUAAGAGACCUAGACCUGAAAACUGGAACAUUCACCUUAAGGCAAAUCAAAACAGCCACAAACAACUUUGAUGCGGCGAAUAAAAUUGGGGAAGGUGGUUUUGGUCCUGUUUAUAAGGGCCUUAUGUCUGAUGGCACCAUGAUGGCAGUCAAACAACUUUCUUCCAAAUCAAAGCAAGGAAAUCGUGAGUUUUUGAAUGAGAUCGGCAUGAUUUCUGCUUUGCAGCACCCUCAUCUUGUAAAGCUCUAUGGAUGCUGUGUUGAAGGAAAUCAAUUGUUGCUGGUAUAUGAGUACAUGGAAAAUAAUAGCCUUGCUCGUGCUUUGUUUGGGCCAGAAGAAUAUCAGUUGCAAUUGGAUUGGCCAACAAGACAUAGGAUUUGUGUUGGUAUAGCAAGAGGUUUGGCCUAUCUCCAUGACGAAUCAAGGUUGAAGAUUGUCCAUAGAGACAUCAAGGCUACUAAUGUCUUGCUUGAUAAAAAUCUCAACCCUAAGAUAUCUGACUUUGGUAUGGCCAAGCUUGAUGAAGAGGAUAAUACUCAUAUCAGCACGCGAAUUGCUGGAACUUAUGGUUAUAUGGCACCUGAGUAUGCAUUGCAUGGUUAUUUAACUGACAAAGCAGAUGUUUAUAGUUUUGGAAUUGUUGCCUUGGAAAUUGUCAGUGGGAAGAGCAACACGAGUCACCGGCCUAAGGGGGAAUCUCUACAUCUUCUUGAUUGGGCACUUGUUUUGAAAGAGAAGGGAAAUUUGUUGGAUCUGGCUGAUCCAAGAUUAGGCUCAAACUACAGGAAGGAAGACGUUAUGCGCAUGAUUAAUGUGGCUCUCCUAUGCGCUAAUGUUUCUGCAGCAGUUAGGCCUACCAUGUCCUCAGUGGUGAGCAUGCUUGAGGGCAACGCUGUUAUUCCUGAGUUGGGUCCAAAUUUAAGUAUCGUUGAUGAUGAAAUGAAAGUGAAGGCACUAUGGGAUCAUUUUCAAGAUAAGAAAGAAUCAAGUAGGGGAAAUAGCCAGACCCAAAGUGUAUUAACGGAUGACCCAUUCACCGGUACUACUUCAUCUACAUCUGCCGUUGAUCUAUAUCCAAUCAAUAUGGAUUCUAGUUAGUGGGAGAAAAGAGUUUAGAUAAAUGAGCAAUACUACUUUCUAUUCUUAAUUAGAGUGUGUCUUUAAUCGCACUAAUUGUUGCGACAUAUUUUAAGUACUUGUUGCAUGGGUUAAGUUUUCUUGGAUUCAAACGUUGUGGAUAAAAAAGGAACGAUUGGAGCUA